CCGUGCAGCAGCUGACGACACGCCGGUAGAGGUGUCUCGGUGUAUUGCAGUUGUUUCGCAGGUCGUGUGUCAUGAGGGAAGCCGCUCGGCUGCUGCUGUGUUGGCCCUCGAGUCGCUAGACCCCUCGGAGUUUUGGCGGCGCCGCACUCGAUGCCUUCGAGCGCGUACCAUGGGCGGCCGUGAAUCGGUGGGUUGGCGCGCCCGGCCGCGAUUGCUGGGCUGCUGAUCGCGCCAGCAUGCCUUCUCUGGGCCUCAACACACUCUUCAACAUGGGUUGUUACUGCACCAAGGAAGCCGUUUGCAUCAACGGCAAGCGGUACAUCGUCAAAAAUAGGCUCGGCGAAGGGGGCUUCAGCAUCGUGGACCUGGUGAUAGACCCGUCGGGCCACGGCACAUUUGCGCUCAAACGCAUUCCGUGUCACACCCGUGAGGCCGAGCACGAAGCCCUGCGCGAGGCGGAGCUGUACUCCGCCUUCGAGCACCCCAACCUGGUGCGCUGCGUGGACACCGCCUUGGUGCCCUGCCGAGACCUGUCCAAGCCGUUUGCCAGCGAGCUCCUCAUCCUUCUACCCUACUUCAGGAGGGGUACCCUGCAGGACGAGCUGAUGAUGCGUGCCCGUUCUCGGGACCACAUGGGAGAGACCCGCCUCCUCGACCUCUUCCUCGGCAUGUGUCGAGGGGUGCAGGCCAUCCACAGCGCCAGCCCCGUUGCUCUGGCACACAGGGACCUCAAGCCUGCCAACGUGUUGAUUGGAGAUGACGACACCCCGGUCUGGAUGGACUUCGGGUCAAUGGGUCGGGCCCGGCUGGACAUUGGCCGCACCAGCGAAGCCAUGGCGCUCCAGGACCUGGCCACGGAGAAGUGCAGCAUGCCAUACCGAGCCCCCGAGCUGUUCAACGUGGAGAGCCGCACGUCCAUAGACGAACGCGUCGACAUUUGGUCCCUGGGGUGCUGCCUGUACGCCAUGUGCUUCUUCCGGUCUCCCUUCGAGGCGGCCCACGAGCGAGGCGACAGCGUGGCUCUGGCCGUCCUCAGCGGGCACGUCGACAUUCCCGAAGACAGUCCGUAUUCCGGUGGAGUGCAUGCCCUCAUCCGCACCAUGCUGGAAGUGGACUGCCUCCAGAGGCCCUUCAUCGAGAGCGUCUUAGAGCAGGUCGCCAGCCUCACUGCCUCUGCACAGCACCGGGUGUGAAUGUGCCACUGCUUGCGCCCACAUUAAACACUUCUGUUGCUGAAAA